CAUAAACAGAGAAAUCUCGAUCGAUCACUUCGUUGGGCUAGUGCAUAUGCUAGCAAUGGCGAGGCCCGGCGGCGUAGCUCAGGAGGUACUGGUGGUAUGCUUCUUCGUUGCGGUGGUGCUAGCGCUGGGCGGCGUCAUGGGUCAGGAGCCUCCCCAGUCCCCCACCCUGUGGCUCCCGCCUCCCAUGCCCGUCCAAGCCUACGCCGACGGCCGGCCCAUCGUCGUCGACCGCAGCAAGCCCAACCGCAUCUUCAGCGGCUGCAACGACGACUUCGGAAACCCCUGCGUCACGCAGUGCUCCGACGCCUGCCCCCAAACAUGCCAGUUCUUCUCCUGCAGCUACUGCGAGACCACCUGCAGGUGUCUGUCAAGGCCCGGAACAGCGUGUGGUGAUCCUAGUUUCACCGGUGGCGACGGGAACACCUUUUACUUCCACGGCAGGAAGGACCGGGACUUCUGCAUCGUCUCCGACACGGACCUUCAUAUCAACGCCCACUUCAUCGGGAACCACAACCCUGCUAAUAAGCGCACCUUCACGUGGAUUCAAGCCCUAGGGCUCAGCUUCGGUGAACACCGCCUCUACAUUGGCGCUACUGGGGCCGUUGUGUGGGAGGAGGACGAGGACCACAUCGAGAUCAGCUUCGAUGGCGAGCCCAUCGACAUCGACACCGCCAACAAUGCCAGAUGGGUUUCCAAGGUCCUGCCUACUCUAUCCGUGACACGCAUUGACAACUUCAACUCCAUCAAUGUGGAGCUUGCCGGGGUGUUCAGAAUCUCGGCCAGUGCAGUGCCAAUCACGGAUGAGGAAUCUAAGAUCCAUAAGUACGGCAAGACCGACAAGGACAGCCUCGUGCACCUUGACCUGCACUUCAAGUUCCUUUCCCUCACCGACUCUGUAGGUGGUGUGCUCGGCCAGACCUAUCGACCUGACUACAUCAACAAAAUGAAUGUCACUGCCAAGAUGCCCAUCAUGGGAGGUGCACCGAAAUAUCUCUCAUCGGGACUCUUCUCGACAGACUGUGCUGUCUCUAAGUUCCGCCGUGGAGGUGAGGCCAAUAAAAUCAUCACCUCGGCAUCGUAAAUGGAGCGCCAUCAGAAUACCACAAUAAUCUAAUAUGAAAGAGCAUAUCCAUGGCACCAUGAAAUAAUUAAGUCAUGUUACAAACAUGUAGGUCGAGUGCGUGCAAAGAACGUAAGAGAAGUAACAAGUUUGAUGAAUCCUUGCGUUAAUAAAGGGUUGAUUGUCCAUUUAUAACUUGUUCAGGAUUUCCUUGAAAUGUGAAGUAAGUUUCUAGGCCU